AACCAACCUAAUGGACGGAGCAAACCAGCAAUGGGAUCACUGAUCGAGUCCAGAUCCGUGUGAAACAAACAGGCACUUCUAAAGAUUGCCAUUGCAACCUGCGCAUGUUCAGUAUGGUAGUCAGCCGGCAUCUGAACAGCAUAGGAGACACGUGCAUUCUGCGGCUCGUCAUGUGCUGACAUUGUGAAACUCAGGAACUGAGCCAUCACGCGACGGAAGUUGAACCGUAUAAUACUUGCGAAACUUGGCACGAAUUCCGAGGCGGCUACGUGCCAAAAACCCUGCCACUUCAUUGUGCAAGGGAAAAAUGCAUUGUAUCGACGGGGUUGACAGGUUCAAGGACCCUGGCAAGAUCAUGUUUGUAUGACAGUGUGAUAAUAAGGCACAUUUCCUUUGUGGCGGCUGCCAGUAGGUCAGAUCAAAACUUCAACAUUUUUCAAGACUGCAGUUCAAGGGCACAUUGCAAUGAAGUGUCACAUUGCCAGUGAAGUGACUUUUAUCUCCUGCAAAGAGUUACAAAACCACGCCGAGGCUAGAUUUACUUGCAAAACAAAGGAUACAGCUUCACCUUCGCUGGCGAUUGUUAGACAGCUUGCCAACUUUGUCACCUGCAGCUGCGGAGGCUUCGCUGGAACUUGCCAGUCUCCUGUAGUCAUACGAAGCACCAAAUCAAGUGACAAGAUGCCAUCCAUCCGUCAGAACUACCACAUCGAGAGCGAGGCUGGAGUCAACAAGCAGAUCAACCUGGAACUGUAUGCAUCUUAUGUGUACUUGUCCAUGGCAAGUUACUUCCAAAGCGCCACAGUCGCUCUGCCCGGAGCUCAUGAGUACUUCAUGAAGGCUUCAGACGAGGAACGUGAGCACGCCAAGAAAUUUCUGAAGUUUCAGAACCAGCGCGGCGGGACUGUCGUGCUUCAGGACAUCGUGAAGCCUGGAAAAAAUACCUGGGGCACCUUGAGGGACGCAGUGAAUGAUGCCCUGGAACUGGAAAAGAACGUCAACCAGGCCCUGCUGGACCUGCACGGAAUAGCCGAGAAGCAUAGUGACCCUCAGAUGCAGAAUUGGAUCGAGCAAAACUUUUUGACCCACCAAGUGGAGGCUAUCAAGGAGCUGGGCGAUCACCUGAGACGGCUGGAGCGUGUCGGGCCCGGCCUGGGCGAGUACAUGUACGACCACGAAAGCCUCGUCGAUGACUAGAUCUGACGACUGGUUCCCAGACUAUACAGCGCUGCAGCCAGCCAUAGAGUUUUAUUAUUUUUUAUUACUUUUUUAUUUCUUUUCAACAAAGAUUACUUCAUGGGUGAGUAGGAAAGAAAGUAAUCGGUAUAUUUAUGAAUCAAAUAAAUAGGUUAUAUUUUUUCCCCAGUAGGCCCAGAAUGUUCGAGCCCCAAGUGCGUUAACCUAUGAAUCCCCCCCUACACCAAGAGCCACUGCCUGGAGCCUACAUGUGCAGAUGGCAAACUUUCGUCCUCGUAAUGUAAAAUAAUGUGUAGAGGCACUGUGACGGAAAUAUUUGAAAGAGAAUCUGCCACUGCCAAAACUCAACACAUUGGACGCAUCAGUAUAGUGCACACAUAUUACUGUCCUUUAUUCUGCAUGUAUCUCAGCUCAAAAGGUGACAACUUUUUGUCUAUAUGAUGACGAUGACAAUAGCGAUGUCUGACGAUGAUGAUGCUGUUGAUAACUUGAUCUACGUUAAAAGAAAAUUAACAUCUAAUCACUAAACUAAUCUAAACUAAACUUAAUAAGCAAUAUUUAAAGUCAUACAUGAUUUAAAUAGGAUUACUUGUCGCAAGAAUCUUGUCUAAUAAUUGAUGAACUAUGAAUUAUUUCCAAUCAACUUGUAAUUGCUAGGUGUAAAUUCUGAUACAAUAAUUUCCAAUUCAUUUAUAAUCAUUGAAAAGGAAUUAAGGAACACUUACCACAAUGAGCUUAUCCAAGAACAAAAAAGGUAAUUCCUUUAUUCUACUUCGAAGCCGUCGCUGACGUGGCGAAUAACCAAGUGAUUAAAGAAAAUUAAAGAGAGAAAACCUAUAGAAUUGAAUCAUAAUAUGGAAUUUGAGUAAAGGUAGUAAAGGUAUUUGGGUCAACUGGCUAGAGUUUCCUGGCUCAUGUCCAUAGAGGGCCCGGCGUAUAGAGGGCAAAAGGGAGAUUUUAUUCUCGCAAACCACAUACUGGUCGAUUCCCGUGCAAAGGGUUCUGCAUAUAAUACAUGUAACUAAAUUGAGUUAAGUUAACAAAACUUAGUAGAAGGAAUUGUUAAACAACAAACCAGGCUCUCUAACUUUACAAGCACUGUGUCAGUUACGCAGUUAGGAUACACUGCCUUUUUCACUUUAUUACUCAGAAAAUAAACGAAAAAUCGGCAAACAAAAUUAGUUUUUAUGCAUUCCACCAAAUCGUUACUCGAGUCAUAUUAAUUUCAAGCACAUGUAUAUGCAUGAGGCUUUCCCUUGAGUUUUUGUCUUCAACUUAAAGCCCUGUCUGUUGUUUUGAAAACACUGCCCAUCCAGUAAAACUUGAUCACUUGAUCACUGGCAGGUUAUGGUUCCUGCGCUACAAUUGAUCAAACGCUUUUAUGCCUCAGUUUUCUAAGCGCACAUGCAUUAAUUUCCGUCUUGCGUGUCCUUGCAAAUUUUGCGAUAGAAUCAGAGACCUACACUUGAUGCAUUGCAAAAUUUUCACAAGAGAAAAUAAAGGAUCUGUAUACAAUAAACUUUUA